UAAAUUCAUUUUCACACAUCAAAAACUGAAAAAGAAAACAAAACAAAAAAAAAGACACAUUCUCCUUUUACAACCAAAACCAACGGCAACGAAGAUUCUUUCUCUUUCUUUCUCCCUCUUUUUCAUCAAAACCCCCAAAUUCGUCAAUUAGGGUUCAAUCCAAUUUCAAUUCCAAUUCCCAAUCUUCCAAAAUCCUUCAAAUUCUCUUCAAAUCCCGAAACUUUCCUUCACUGAUUCCUUCAAUUCACACAGCGAGCCUCCGUAGCUCGCUUCUUCGCCAAGAAACUAUGCCGAAAUUCUCCAUCAUUCUCACCUUCAUCGCUCUCAUCUUCAUCUUCCCAAUCCUUACAACAGCUGAAAACGAAGAAUCAUCCGUUCUCCGGUUACCGUCACAAAACGUCUGUUCCGUUACAACACCGUCAUCGUGUCCGGCGAAAUGCUUCCGAACAGACCCGGUUUGUGGAGCCGAUGGUGUGACAUACUGGUGCGGUUGCGCGGAAGCCGCGUGCGCCGGAGCUAAAGUUGCUAAAUUGGGUUUCUGUGAAGUUGGGAAUGGUGGAUCUGCAACGUUUCCUGGUCAGGCUCUUCUUUUGGUUCAUAUUGUAUGGCUCAUUGUUUUAGGGUUUUCUGUAUUGUUCGGAUUUUUUUAGUUUAAAGGGAAAAUUAUGAUAUUAUUGAAGAAAAAGAGGGAAAUUUAUGUAAUUAUGAGGAUGUUGUUGAUUGUCUAAUCUUCUGGGUUGGGUUGGUUUAGGUGAUUGGGUGUUAUGAAUCUUAUGAUUCAUGUGUAUUUUAAGGGGUUUUGGAGAUGUGUAUUUUUGUUUAUAUUGUUGAUUGAUCAUUUGACCAAUUCUUAUAUAUUGUAUGUAUAAUGAUUUCAUAUCAUAUGGAUCUUUUUACCCUGAGAAACUAGUUGCUAUUAUUGUGUAAUCUUAUUUUAAUUUCCAAUUUUGUUAUUAGUUAUGUUGUUGAUGGCCUAACAACUUGA